AGCAUUUUCUUUCCCGUCCACUAUCUACUAGAAUCACCUUUUCUUACUCACUCCCAGCUCUACCAUUACGGUCGUCAAGGUCGCGCCUCCUUAAUCCCCUACGCGUAAAUCCCGGCUGCGCAUAAAUAAUUAUCACGCCAUGCGGCCCGCGAAUUGGAUCCUUCGGCGCCUCUCAGGGUCGUACGACCAGCAAACACCGAAAAGUAUACUCGUCAAGGGGAAGAAACCACUCUAUGCUGCCACUAAGGUGCUCAAUGUCUCUUCGGCUACUGCUUCGUCAGCCUUCGCCAAAUGCUGGGUCCAUAGCACAAACAAGACUCGAACGCUGCUCAAGACGGUGAGAACCCAAAGCCAAGGGUUUCGGAGAGCGUACUCGACCAAGUUUGGAGGGUCGGGGUCGGAAUCAGAGUCUACACCAUUAUACCAAAAGCUUGUUGCUGCUUGGACCAAUACGCCGACGAAAUGGUAUCCGCUGCCCAUUGCUGUUGGUGCCCUUCUUUUGGUUGCAAUUCAGUACCGAAAAAAAUCACGACGGGCGGGCAGGGAGGUCGAAGUGGACGAGCAUGGAGUUGAAGUCAUCAGACUGAAGGGACCAUGGCAUGUACAUGUUCUUGGUGCCCUACCGCUCCGUAAUAUGUCACGCUUAUGGGGAUACGUGAACUCUCUUCAACUUCCUGUCUGGUUCCGUCCGUAUGGCUUCCGUAUCUACGCGCUAGCGUUUGGCUGCAAUCUUGAUGAAAUCGAACCUGCAGAUCUCACGGCGUAUCCUUCUCUUGGUGAUUUCUUCUAUCGCAAGUUGAAGGACGGUGCACGGCCGGUUGAUGGCGCGGUUCUCGUCAGCCCUGCUGACGGGAAAAUCCUACACUUCGGCACCAUCCAAGACCUACGUAUAGAGCAGGUCAAGGGUAUCACAUACUCCCUGGAUGCGUUACUGGGUGUCGAGCGCCCAGGAACGCCUUCCCCUUCCGUCGCCGUCGUUGCACACCAUAAUAUGCCCGUCGUAGAUGAUCAUGAAUUCGCCAAUGUCAAUGGCAUUGAAUACAGUCUUGAUAAGCUCAUUGGAUCGUCCUCCACCUCUGGAUCAGCCACCCCAACUUCUGGGGAUAGCGACCGUCCGAAAAAGUUUGGAGACCAGGUGGAUGCCUCUGUUGUAGAACCCGAUCAGAACACUCUCGCUUAUGAUGCUUCUGUCGCACUUGAGAUGGGCAUCAAGCCUACAUUGGGACGUAGACCUAGCAUGAUUGCUCGUCCCGGUAAUUCGCUGUUCUUUACAGUAAUUUACCUAGCUCCGGGCGACUAUCAUCGAUUCCAUAGUCCCACAGCAUGGGUUGUUGAGAAACGACGGCAUUUUGUUGGAGAGUUGUUCUCUGUUUCGCCGUGGAUGGCCAAGAGGUUGGAGAACCUGUUUGUGCUGAACGAGCGAGUGGCCCUACUUGGUCGGUGGAAAUACGGGUUCUUCGGGAUGGUUCCUGUUGGUGCUACGAAUGUUGGCAGUAUUAAGGUGAACUUUGAUGCCGAACUAAGGACGAAUCUGAGAGGGAGGAAGCCACCUCCGGGGACGUACACGGAAGCCGUGUAUUCCGCUGCGUCCAGUUUAUUGAACGGGCAGCCAUUGGUUGCAGCUCAGGAGAUGGGCGGAUUUUGUCUUGGGAGCACCAUCGUCUUGAUUUUCGAAGCUCCCGAUGACUUUAAAUUUGCGGUGGAAGCUGGCCAGAAGGUAAAGGUAGGCCAGAGGCUUGGAGAUGUGGUCAAAGUGAAAUCAGACUAAGGAAAUAUUGCCUUUGUCGUUUAUCUGUACGUUUUGGACGUUCAACAUGUCUUUGCAAGUUGUAUAUAAUGCAGUCAUCAUUUAUGUUAGAAUAUGACCACCGUUUUCUGGCCAACAUGGAUCAACGAAGGACUGUUGGUUCGGCAGCUUGAUGCCCUUCUGCUCUGCUCUAAAACCAUCCUUUUCUACAGUCACUCUCCUCUCCCUAAACAUCAUGUCAACCGGCCUCGACGCACAUACGAGCCAAUGUGAAACGUUUGCCAUCC